UAAAUUUAACUUAAUGAGUUACACGAUUAUUUCCUGCCGAUAUUUCAACCCAGCCAUAAUAAUUUUCGUGCCAAGAAAUGGCUUCGGGCCCACAAACUUCUAAUGGCCGGUUUGAUGAAGCACCACUUAAGGAUUUUGAAAGUGCGUUGGAAGCGUGUGGAUUUGGCACAUUUAACUACUGUCUCCUCUUUGUGUCCAUGCUGGCAGUAGCCGCAACUGUGUUUGAAACGUCAAACAUAUCGUACAUAUUGCCCACUGCAGAAUGCGAUCUUCAGAUUGGCUUAUUAUCAAAAGGAGUACUGAACGCUAUAACUUACGCAGGUAUGAUCAUAUCGGCAGUGCCUUGGGGCUACCUAGCGGAUACCACUGGCCGAAAGCAUGUGUUAAUGUACGGACUUCUUAUUGGCAGUUUAAUGGAUAUGGGAUGUGCUUGUAGCCAAACCGCAAUUCAAUUAAUUGUCUUUAAGUUUUUAGCCGGCCUUAUUAACUGUGGUCCACUUGCAGUAGUCCUGACAUAUUUAUCUGAGUUCCAUAUAAAAAAGCAUCGGUCUCGAGUAUUAAUGAUUUUAGGUAUGAUUAAAACUAUAGAUUUGCUUAUAUUGCCCGCGAUUGCAACAGCAACUCUGCCAUAUCAUAUAGCGUUUGAAAUAUGGAUUAUGAAAUUUCAUACAUGGCAUGUUUUCCUCGCUAUUACUGCUUUACCUGGCCUUAUCAGUGGUCUAGUACUUCCUUUUUUUCCGGAAAGUCCAAAAUAUCUAAUGUCACAAGGAAGAAACGUAGAAGCUUUGGCAACUUUCAAAACCAUAUACGCUUUGAACACGGGGAAAAAUAAAGAAUCUUAUCCGGUAAUAGCUUUAUUUGAAGAAGCGCCUGAAAAGGCUGCAAAGAUAGCGGCAAAAACUGAUAAAGAGCAGGAAGCGACAAACCCUUUGAAAAACAAGCAGCAGAACGUCAAAGAAACGUUUAAAGAUGGUCUGAAGCAAUUAAAGCCCAUGUUUUCAAGCCCUUAUUUGAAAUUUUCUUUUAUGGUGUACCUAAUGGGGUUUUCCAUAUUAUUGGGUCAAAAUUCGGUCCGGUUAUGGUUGCCUCAACUUUUCGCAUCCAUUGUAGAGUAUGAACAACUUUAUGGCAGCACAUCUAGUAUGUGCACCAUAUUAGAAUAUAAUGUGAAUAGAACUCAUCUAAUUAAAAACGAAGAUGAGAUAAAAACGUGCGAUGUUCAUAUCAGCUGUGAGUCUUAUACAAACAAUAUUGCUGUUUCCGGAUGUACCGUUUUCGGAUUCUUUUUGGUCAGCUUUAUAAUCAACAAAAUUGGAAAUAAAACCGUGCUGAAUGCAGCGCUGUUGACAUCCUUUAUUUUUGCUGUAUCAUUUUAUUGGUCCUUAUCUGAAUAUUCUACCCUAGCCAUAUCGGCAAUUUUCGUAACAGCCAGUAGCAUAGCUGGUACCACCGUUAUAAGCGUCUCAGUCAAUUUGUUUCCAACUGUAAUGAGAGCAAUGGUUGUUGUACUUGUACUUACUUCUGGACGACUGGGCUCUCUGCUGGGGAAUGUUUUGUUCCCAAUAUUUAUGACCAUGGGUUGCAUACCGCCGUUUGUAAUGAUUGGUGGCGCAGUAUUUUGUGCCUGUAUAAUUUCAUUUUUUGUACCAGAAGCAAGCAGCGAAACAUUCAAAUAA